UCCGCGAUUCCUAAAACCCCAUUUUGGUGAGCAAAAGAAGGCGAGCAAUGGCGGCGAGGGCUUUGACGACGGUGAGAUCCGGAUUCCGUCGCCUUUCGACCUUCUCAGCCUUCUCUCCGCCGCCACCUGCUCAAGCUCCCCCAAAGGCAGAUCCCAGCACUAAUCUUUUCGUCUCAGGUCUUAGCAAGCGCACAACCACAGAAGGAUUAAGGGAUGCAUUUCAAAAAUUUGGUGAAGUUGUCUCUGCAAAAGUUGUGACAGAUCGAGUAUCAGGUUACUCUAAAGGUUUUGGUUUUGUUCGCUAUGCUACUUUAGAAGAUGCGGCGAAAGGAAUAGAGGGCAUGGAUGGCAAGUUUUUGGAUGGCUGGGUUAUUUUCGCAGAGUAUGCAAGACCAAGGCCACCACCCCCGACACCCGAAGCUCCAUCUGGCUAUCAGAAUGGCUAUCAAAAUCCUCCUACUUACUAAGAAGAGAUUGAUUGUUUGCAAGGACUGCUUGAAUCUUUUCUGAUUAUACUCUUCUUUAUAGCGUUCGGCUUGCGUACCUUAUUCCCAUUGUCGAGGAACAUUAGCAAUUAAGUUUAGGGUUCAAGUGUAUGAACAUCCAACACUUUGUAUGUUGGUGAAACAUUUUAUCGAUUUUAUUUGUACCGCAAGCUUAUAUUAUUGCUAUAUUGUUUGCAAACCAGGAACUUCUUAAUGUGUAUCAUCAUCAUCUGGGGCUUGAUCAAAAUGGCCUCAAAUGAAAUUGCAAUAAAAUCACACUUAAACAAGCUAUUCAAA